AUGGUAAAUUAAGUCUAGGAAUCUUUUUUAUCAGUUUAAUCACUAUUAAAUAGAUUAAUACAUGUAUAUUUGAUUAACAUAUUUCAUUAUGAUAAAUACAAAAACUAUAAAAAGAUAAAGGAAGAGAAAUAAAUGUAUACCAUAUAAAGAUUGCCUAAUAUAGAUAAGAAAUUUUAAUGA